AUGAUAAGCACUUUGGUGCUGCUCACCUCCUUCCUUUCCUUCCUGUUCGGGGCAAUUCCCUACAUCAGGAAGUACUUUGCUGGCGGAGUUUGUACAUCAACUGUGGAGCUUCCUGGAAAGGUAGUUGUGGUCACCGGAGCCAACACAGGCAUCGGAAAGGAGACAGCCAAAGAUCUUGCUCGUAGAGGAGCCAGAGUAUAUAUUGCCUGCCGGGAUAUACUAAAAGGAGAGUCGGCAGCCAGUGAGAUCCGGGCUGCAACAAAAAACCAGCAGGUGUUCGUUCGGAAGCUGGACUUGUCUGACACCAAGUCAAUCCGAGCAUUUGCCGAAGGAUUCCUUGCAGAAGAAAAACAGCUCCACAUACUAAUUAAUAAUGCAGGGGUGAUGAUGUGUCCCUACUCCAAGACGGCAGAUGGCUUUGAGACCCACUUUGGAGUCAACCACUUGGGCCACUUCCUUCUGACUCACCUGCUUUUGGAGAGACUGAAAGAGUCAGCUCCAUCCCGUGUGGUGAACUUAUCUUCAGUGGUUCACCAUUUGGGCAGUAUUUACUUCCGUAACCUGGAAGGGGAAAAGUACUACAAUCGUCUGUUUGCUUACUGCCAUAGCAAGCUGGCCAAUGUGCUUUUUACCCGCGAAUUGGCUUAUCGGCUAAAAGGGACUGGUGUCACCACAUACGCCGUCCACCCAGGCAUCGUCCGAUCUGAAUUGACGCGUCACUCGUUCCUCAUGUGUCUGCUGUGGCGUCUGUUUACCCCUUUCCUGAAGUCAACCCGAGAAGGAGCUCAGACAAGCCUCCAUUGUGCUUUGGCUGAGGGUAUCGAGUCUCAGAGUGGCAGAUAUUUUAGCGAUUGCAGGAAAGCAUGGGUGUCACCAAAGGGUUGCAACAACAAAACAGCCAAGCGCCUAUGGGAUGUCAGCUGUGAACUCCUAGGCAUCUAG